UUGAUGCACCCACGCAAUGAGGCAGAGCUAGUGCAGUACAUCAGAGGACUCACAGAGCAACACCUUAUGCCUACAAGGCAAAUGCUGAAGAAUUUUGCAGCUCCAGUUAUUGGAAGGGAGCCUAGCAAAUUCUGGGUUACUGAUUUCCUCAACCACAACAAAGAUACCCUUAUUACUGCGUGGACCACCCCUAUGGAGAAGGAUCAUCACAAGACCAUGUUACAAUUCGUGCCUUAA